AUGGAGGAGAAAGUGCUUAAUCGGAAAAUAGUAAAUAACACAGUAAAGAGGAAGAUUGAAGACAUCGAAGGGGAUAAACCUGCGCAGAAGAUCCGAAAAGUGGCGGAAGAACUAAAGAAACCAUUGUCAACGCUCACACGUCAGGAUGUUACAUUUAUAAGGAACAAUUUGUAUCGUGCGAAAUCCAAGACAAUGCCUAAGCUUCCCAAAACGACAGAAGAACUUCAAACUGCUCUCGAAAACAUCACUACCACCACUAGCAAAGGUGAGGAGUUCCUACUUGUCAACGAUCGUGAAAAUAAAAUUGUGAUUUUUUCUUGUGAUGAAAACCUCAAGUUUCUCUCCAAAAGUGAAACAAUAUUCAUGGACGGAACUUUUGAGUAUGCGCCUAAAUACUUUUUACAAAUGUUCACAAUUCACGGGUUUUCAAAUGGUGUCUACGUGCCUCUUGUAUUUUGUCUUCUUAAAGACAAGAAGAAGCAAACGUACAUAGAUGCAAUGAAGAAUGUCCAAGAAGAAUGCCUGAAAAGAAGACUACAACUUCAACCCCAAUGGAUAGUCGUGGAUUUUGAACAGUCGAUCCAUGAAUGCAUCAAAAUCAUCCUCCCGGAGGCAAAGAUCGUUGGUUGUAGGUUUCAUCUAGGACAAUCGUGGUGGAGAAAAAUCCAAAACUUAGGAUUAUCAUCUGUCUACAAAGACAAAGACUCAGAGGAAGGGAGAUGGCUUCGCCAUUUCUUUGGUUUAUCCUAUCUCAAGCCAGAAGAUGUUGAAGAGGCCUUCUGCCAGCUUGUCGGCACCCAGCCAGUCAAAAUUAAAUUGACAUCAUUUGCGGACUAUUUGUGCGACACGUACAUCGAUUGCGAGAACCAGCUAAUCUUUCUCUCGGCCCCUCCCCCUCUCGAUUCUCUCUUUCUCUCACUCGGUUCUGCACCUCUCUUCUCUCUCCCCAACUCAGAUACUCAGAUCAGUGAGCUCUGA